AUGAAACAUAACAAAUAAUAGAGUCAUUACAUUCUAGACUUCUGUGAUAUAGAAGACAUAUCAGAUAAUGAAUCAGAGAGUUCUAAAUAGUCUAAUCAACAAUAAUAAAUAAUUUAAUCAACUCCUACUCCUAAUCGAAUAGAAUUACAGAUUCCAAAUUUGUAAGUAAAAAAAGAGACAGUUGAAAUUCCAUCCAUCUUAAUAUAAGAAGAAGAAGAGCCUAUAAUAAGACGAAAGAUGGAUAUUCAAAAAUAAUAAUGGUAGGUAAACUUUGAUGAAUUAUCGGAACAAGAAUAAUAAGAUAGUGAUAGGUCAUAGGUAGCUAUAGAGAUUCCAAGAGAUCCAAGUCCACCUACAAUAGCAGUUGAAGAACCUUAAUAUAUUGAAUAAUAUUUUGAAGAUUAAAAUGUGAUUGAAGAAAUAGAUAUUGAAUAAGAAUAAUUGAAAAUGGAAUAGAGGAAGGAAUAAUUGAAAUAAGACUUGAUAACUAAAAAAUAAUAACAAUUAAAAUAAAUUCCAAUAGUUCAAUAGCUUUAAAAAGAAUAAUAAAAAGUAUAGGAAGUAAAUUAAUUACAAAAUAAAAAUUGUGAGGAUAAAACAAAAUAAAUUUAUAAAUAGAAAUUUUAUAAUCCUAAAAAUUCAUUGAUUUAUUUAAGAUUAAAAGGUAGAGAAGAUUUAUAUAAAAAAUAAGAGUAUAUUAUUGAUGAAUAGACUAAACCUCCAGAUUAGGAUGAAUUAUUAGAAGGUUUGGAAUGUAUAAAUAAUUUAUUAAUUGGAUUAUCUAAAAUAAAAGAUAAGAAAGUUGGUUAAGUUGAUAAAUAAUAGAAAAUAUUACCAUUAUAAAUUCAAAAACAUAGAUUAGAUGAAAAAGGUACUCAUCAAAAAGAAUCUAAAAUAUAAAAAAAAGAUGAAAAAGAAAAAGAAAUUGAAUAAUAAUAGAAAAAUUAAAAGGAUAUUUAAAAAGAUCAAUAAUAAACUGAAUUAUCAAUUAAAUAAUAAUAACUAUAAGAAGCAUAAUUAGCUAGGUAAAUAAGACAUGAAAAGUAAUAGCAGGAAAAGGAAAAGUAAAAACUAUUAGAAUAAAGAUAGGUUUAUAAGAUUUUAACAAAGAAAUAAGUUAAUUUGGGAUUAGUUCUUUAUAAAUGUUAAUUAAGAUAAAAGUAAAAGGAUUCAAUUAAAUGGUUAAGAUAUUCAGAGAUUGCAUUAAUAAGUAAAGGUGAAAGUGAGAUAUUCAAUUUUGAAAAGAGAAUAUCAGAUCAAUUAUUUAUGUAAUUACAUAAGGCUAAUAUGAGAUCAGUUGUUAUAACUAAAUAAGCAAUUUUUGAUGUAGUCACUAUACAUUAUGUUGAAGAAUAAAAGGAAGUUGAAGAAGUAAAACAAAAAGAGAAAGUAUAAGUAUGUAAAGAGUAAAAGGAAAAGGAAAAUCCUAUUGUUGAAGAAAAAUAAAUAAAGGAGAAGAAAGUUACAUAAAAUAAUGAUAAAAAGAAAAAGAAUUAAGAAUAAUAAAGAAAUUAAGUAUAAUAAAAUGUUGAUACACUAUAAUAAUAAGAUAUAUUACAAUAAUAAGAUAUUUAAAAUUAAUAAUAAUAAGAAACUAAAAGAAUAAAAAAUAAAGUUAGUUAUUUAGAAAGUGAUGAGGAAAAGAAAGAUGAGGAUCUUUUAGAUGCAGAUUCUAUUUAAAUAUAUAAAAUUACUUAAGAUAGAUAAAAAAAAUUGGAUAAAAAAGAAAAAGAGUAGAAAUAAUCAUAAAUUAAUUAAUAAUAAGUUGAAGAAUCAAAGUAAAUUGAAUCAAAUGAUAUUAAUUAAAAAUAAAAUAAUAAUAAUUAAAUUAAAGAAUAAAAGAAAGUUAAGAAUCUUAAAAUUAAAGAAUGUCCAUUAAGUAGAUUAGAAACAAAUGAUGAAAUUAAAAAGAAAGAAUAAAUUAAUUAAAAAAGAAAAGAAAAACGAAGAUAGGAAUAUCAAUAAUAUUUGAAUGAAAUAGAACAAGAAUAAUUAAUUGAAGUAACAUAUGCAAAAAAAUAAAAACAUUAAAGAGAUACCAAAAAAUAAGAAACUAAUUAAUAAUUAAUAAAAACAAAUAAAGAUCAAAUAACAAAUAAUUAAUAAGAAAACUAAAAUUUGGAGGAUCAAAAUAAUGGAAAAGAUAAAGAGGAAACUAAAAACUCUAAUUCCACUAAAAGAACAGGAAGAUAAAAUAAUAGAAAUCCUAAAUCACCAUCUCCAUAAAAUGAAUCUAUCGAACCUGGUUAUGUAUCUUCCAAACGUAUUUAUGAAAAUAGAGAUCAAAAGAAAAAAAGACUAAGAGUUAUUGAAGAUGAGGAAUCAGAAUUUAGUGAAUAGAAUGCUAAAUAAAAUCAAACAAAAGAAUAGAAAAAAAGAGUAAGAUAAAAAUGA